UUAUAGCAAUUAACAAUAAGCGUCCAUGUUGUUGUUUUGAAAAGGAAGACAAAAACAACAACACACGCACAUCUAACAAAACAAAAAGUAACGUUGUUUCGUGUGAAAUAAUUUCUUUGGGGUCUUAACGUAAAAUGAGAAGAGUGACAACAACAACCAAACCAUGACCACAAUUCGACAGUUUACGUGUGAUGAUUUGUUCAAAUUUAACCACGUGAACUUAGAUCCUUUAACGGAGACUUAUGGGUUGCCUUUCUACAUGCAGUAUCUGGCCCAUUGGCCUGAAUACUUCCAAGUGGCAGAGUCGGCAUCAGGCGAAAUCAUGGGCUACAUCAUGGGCAAGGCUGAAGGUCAAGGUGACCAGUGGCAUGGUCAUGUGACUGCAUUGACAGUGGCACCAGAGUACCGGAGACUGGGGCUGGCUGGCAAGCUAAUGAGUAACCUGGAAGAAAUCUCAGAAAAGAAGAUGUGUUACUUUGUGGACCUGUUUGUGCGGGUGUCCAACAAGGUCGCUGUAGAGAUGUACAACAAACUGGGCUACAGUGUCUACCGCCGGGUCCUGCAAUAUUACUCAGGCGAUGUGGACGAGGACGCCUUUGACAUGCGUAAGGCAAUGUCCCGGGACGUAGACAAGACCUCCAUCAUCCCUUUAAAGCAUCCUGUGAGGCCUGAGGAGCUGGAGUAGGCCUGGGCCCUGUACCCCUCUACCUCCCUCCCUGCAAGGUUCCUCUCCCACCAGGCUCGAGCUUUGCCCGAUAGCUGUAUUGACUGGGAGACAUGCCUUAGCUGCUUUGCUGCACUCAUUUUGCCCUUCUUGCUCUCUGUUGUGCUGACUUAUUUCAUGCAAUCAUACCAUUAAAAGUACCAGAAAUAAAUAUGAUUAACUGCAAAUGUACACAUAAUCUGUGUUCAAAGUGACAGGUAAGCUCUAAAAUGCUGUUCUGGUCAUGGGGAACCAUUUAAAAUUGAAUUUUCAAAACAGAUUCAGCAUUUUGAGAUUUUAAGUUUAUAUUGGUAAUGGCGAGUUUUGAUAGAGGCAAUAUAUAUUUUAAAUAAGAACAAGUAAAUUUAAUAGAUUUGUACUAUUAUGCAGUCAUUUGCAGACUUAGAGUUUGGCCUUUUUCACUUAUAUUUUAUAUUUAAGAAUUGUAUUGGUUCACAUAAAUUAUGUAAAUUAUAAACUACUAUUAUGCAGUCAUUUGUAUGUUAGAGUUUUGCUUUUUUCACUUAUAUUUUAUAUUUAAGAAUCGUAUUGGUUCACACAUGAAGUUUAAAUAUGUGUUUGAUAGUAAAAGUUUUAAAAUUAAUUAUUUGUUAAUUCCACGAUUUUAAGACAAGGAAGGGUACAGGGCAUACUUAGUGUGUAUUAAACUGUUGUGUUUAAAUUUAUGUAUGUGUUAAAAAUAAAUCACUCUCUCUAAA